UGCAGGACGCGCAGAGCCAGAGGGGUGGCUGGGCCGACGGCAGCCCGGCUGAGCGCACACAGGGUCGCGGCGCGGGGGCGUACCCGGCCGGGACGCAGGUCGCAUCGGUGUCCCGGGCGAGCUCCCGGAUCGCAGGCUGUCAGUGUGCGGACCCCAGAGUACCCCCUGCCCCACCAUGACUGGGCCCCUGAAGAGGAAGUUUGACCAGCUGGAUGAGGACGACUCCUCGCUCUGCUCCUCCUCCUCCUCUUUGUCCUCCUCGGGCCGCGGUUCUCGCUCCUGCUCUCCAAGCUCGUCAGUCUCCCCAGCCUGGGAUUCCGAUGAGGAGGGCCCCUGGGAUCAGUCGCCUUUGCCUGACCGUGACUUCUGUGGCCCCCGGAGUUUCCCCCCUCUGUCCAUCCUGAAGCGGGCUCCCCGGAAGCGGCCAGGCCGUGUCGCCUUUGAUGGUAUCACUGUCUUCUACUUUCCACGGUGCCAGGGCUUCAUCAGUGUACCCAGCCGUGGUGGCUGCACUCUGGGUAUGGCCCCCCGCCACAGUGCCUGCCGCCGCUUUUCCUUGGCGGAGUUCACCCAGGAGCAAGCCCGGGCACGGCGUGAGAAGCUGCGCCUACGCUUGAAGGAGGAGAAGCUGGAGGCGCUCCGGUGGAAGCUUGCAGAGACCGGGGUGCCUGAGAUGGAGGCUAGCCUGCCACUCACAGUGGACGCCAUUGAUGACGCCUCUGUGGAAGAGGACUUGGCCGUGGCCAUGGCAGGUGGCCGGUUGGAGGAGAUGACCUUCCUACAGCCCUACCCAGCCCGGCGACGGCGGGCUCUGCUGCGGGCUGCUGGGGUGCGGAGGAUCGAUCGCGAGGAGAAGCGGGAGCUGCAGGCUCUGCGCCAGUCCCGAGAGGACUGUGGCUGUCGUUGUGAUCGGGUCUGUGACCCCGAGACCUGCAGCUGCAGUCUGGCGGGCAUCAAGUGCCAGAUGGACCACACUGCAUUCCCCUGCGGCUGCUGCAGGGAGGGCUGCGAGAACCCCAAGGGCCGUGUAGAAUUUAAUCAGGCCCGCGUGCAGACCCAUUUCCUCCACACCCUCACCCGCCUGCAGCUGGAGCAGGGGGCCGAGAGCCUGGGGGAACUGGAGGCGCCCAGCCAGGACAACCCAGCCAGCCCUGGUGAGCAGGUCCUGGCCCCCGCUUUCCCGCUAGCCAAGCCCCCCGUGAGCAGCGAGCUGGGAGACAACAGCUGUAGCAGCGACAUGACCGACUCCUCCACAGCUUCGGGCACCAGUGAGGCCCUGAGCGGCACCGCCCACCCAGCGCUGCCUGGCCCUGGCCUUCAGGCUGACAUGGAUGAUGACAGCCUGGCCCGGGUCCUGAGUCUCAGUGACUCUGACCUGGGAGGGGAGGAGGAGGAGGAAGAUGAAGGGGGAGUGGGGAGCCUGGACAACCUCAGCUGCUUCCACCCAGCUGAUAUCUUUGGUACUGGUGAGCCCGGUGGCCUGGCCAGCUGGACCCACAGCUAUUCCAGCUCUAGCCUCCCGUCAGGCAUCCUGGAUGAAAACGCCAACCUGGAUGCCAGCUUCUUCCUGAACAGUAGCCUUGAAGGGUUGGGAGAAGGCAGCUUCCCUGGUGCCUCAGUGCUGCCCAGCUCAGAUGCCGGCCAGAGCAACUCUGUGGACCUCAGCUUGUCUUCCUGCGACUCCUUCGAGCUGCUCCAGGCCCUGCCAGACUAUAGUCUGGGGCCUCACUACACCUCCCGGAAGGUGUCUGACAGCCUGGACAACCCGGAGGCCCCCUUCUUCCCCCUGCCAACCUUUUCUCCAGCAGGGGACACCGGCGCUUGCCUCCUGGAGUCCCUUGUGGGCCUGGUGGACUCAGCCACUGAGGCCCCGGCACCCUUCAUGGAUAGCCAGUUGUUUGAGGACCCGGCCCCAGCGCCCCUGGUGGAGCCGGUGCCUGUGUGAGGACUGGGGGACCUUUUCGUGGUCCUAAGAGCCCUGUUGCUGCUUUGUUGUAAUUUGGGGGCUCCCUGAGGUCUCUGUAUGUUAAGAGUUUUGGCUCAUCCAUGCAGGCACUCCUGAGUUUUGUGCAACACUCUGGAUUGACUUAUUUAUUUUUGUAACUACUUCCGUGCUGAAGAGAGGGCAGGGAGGGGGCUUUCCCUGUCAGCCACCUGGGCCCCACCUCCCCCAGAGCCCACACAGUCUCUUCUUCCACUUUCCAUGGUGUAUGCCAGGAACAGGAGGAAAUAUGGCUCCCCUGGAGCUUUGCAGACCCCUUUCCGGUCUCGUGUGAUGUUCCUUAGCCUGAACAAGACAGGGCUGAAAUCUGCCACUUCUAAUGGCUUCUCCUGCCACCCUGAGCCCCAGACCCACGGGUGGCUAUAUUUCUGGACUGUGAAGACUAUAAUUUAUUUCCAUAAUUUAUUUGGAGCUAGAAGGUAUAGGCUUCUCCCCUCUGGCCAGUGGGCAGUGCUGGAGUUGGGGUAGGGCACAGACCCCUGCAAGUCCCUCUGCCUUGUUGUGCAUCCCCUACCCUGCCUGGGCUUUGGUAAAGACCAGGUGUGGAUUGGGUGCCUAUAUUCUACUGCAGCAGCAGCCUGGCUAUGAGAGGCAAGUGACUGGGGACAGCGUCUAGGUAGGGGGCUGCUGGGCUGGGCUGGGCUGGCCAGGCCAAGCCAACCGUGACUAAAACCUGCUUCUGCCCCCACACAGCCCCCUCUGCUUCCUGUCCUCUGCCUCAUGGUCUUCCUCCCCAAAGGCCACAGGCUUUAUUCUGGGCCCACUAAUGUAGAAGGGAAGCAGGAAGCCCAGAGAGGGCGAGGGACUAGCCUCUGGGCCCAUAGCACGCUCCUGACGACUAUCUCAGGGCUUGCUGGGCACUGCAUGUCAGCCCCAGCCACCUGCCCAUGCCCUAAAGCCAGUUGGCUCUGGUGAGGAGAGGCCCUUUCGGCUUUUAUGCCCUUUGUUUGCCGAUGUUGAGUUUUGCAUCCUAAUUUCUGUAUCGUCCUUGAGUGUCAGAACUAUAAUUUAUUCAUUUUUCUCUAUGUCUGUGCCAAGAAGCCCAGGCUCUGGGCCUGCCGCCUUGCCCAGGAGGCCUUGCCAGCCUGUGUGCUUGUGGGAACACCUUGUACCUGAGCUUACAGGUACCAAUAAAGAGGCUCUAUUUUUAAA